AUGUCCUGCCUUGUAAAAGUUUCAGAGGGAAUUUUGGAAGGAAAGCUGCGUAAGACAUACUAUGGAAAACAAUACUAUAGUUUUGAGGGCAUACCAUAUGCUAAACCGCCGAUCGGUGACCUUAGGUUCAAGGCUCCAGUACCACCAGAAAGUUGGACAGGCAUCAGAGACGCUAAGAAACCGGGGGAAAAGUGUGCUCAAAUGAAUCCAUUUGGAAAAGGAAUUGUAGAAGGAUCCGAAGACUGCCAUACUGUUACAAAUAAACAUGAGUUAUGUGAAAUAUUCAAAAAUACGCCCGCCGAUGAACUUGUUAAUGCGUUUGUGAGCGCCGAAAUAAAUCGCCCGCCGGCUGUCAUCAAUGCAUUUCUUUUACCAGUUGUUGAGAAAUACUAUGAAGGUGUUGAAAGAUUCUUUGACGAGCUACCACUGAUCGCGUUCCGUGAGAAUCGUUUUAAUAAAGUGCCGAUUAUAAUUACGAUAAAUUCGUUUGAAUCAGCGUUGUUUGUGAACAAAGAUGAGAAUGGUGUAGUGUAUGAAGAUUUGAAGUAUUUUAUACCUCGUUUCUUACAAAUACAACACGGAACCGAACAAGCUGUACAGUUUGCUUCAAAACUUCGUAAUUACUACUUCGGGGAUAGAAAGUUUGAUGAAAAUGUUAAAACUGAUUACCUUAAUUUGACCUCCGACCAUUAUUUCGCCAGAGAUACUAUGUUAUUCAUGGAAUUGGUGUCAAAAUACCACAAAGACUUGUAUUUGUGUAGAUUUGAUUAUAAUGGCAAUGUGAAUACAAGUACGAUAAAAAAUAUGGGUCUUCAAGGAGCAUCGCACGGAGAUCUCGUACAAUAUAUAUUCUAUAGGAGCAACAAGUUGAAAGUCGCGAGCGGGAGUGAUGUGGAAAUUAUCAAUAUGUUGACAGAGGCUUGGUGUAAUUUUGUUAAAACAGGGCGUCCUCAUUGGAAAACUCAACAAACAAAAUGGCUUCCGUAUAAUAAAGAAGAGAAAUUAUGUCUUAAUAUAGAUAAUAAGAAAAUAGAGGUCAAAAAAUAUCCUAAUUUUGAAAGAAUACAAUUUUGGUUCGAUUUAACAGGAUUGCGGGCGAAAUUGUGA